GGAGAAACCCCGCCCGCCACGGUGAAGGCUGGUUGGUUUGAGGAGUCAGCAGCAUCAUCGACUUGCGCCUCCGAGAGGGAGACGACAUCUGUUGAGAAGUCCGUGGAGGAACGAGGCGCGCGCUCUCCUCCUCCGGAGGACAAUCCGAGCAUCUGGAUUCUGUUACUUUCUCUUAUUUAUCCAGGGCGUUUGGGUGGGACGCUGUAUUAUUUGUUUUGUUUUGGGGAGUCGAGCACACAAGAAGGGGCAGCGGGGGGGGGGGCUGCAGGGAGAAAGUUGCCUUGCAAAAGAAGAAAAAAAAAAAAAACAGGACGAAGACGAAGGACGCAGAAAAGGAUCGAAGGAGCGGCGAGAGGAGAGGAGAUGUUCGGCAUGCUCAAGAACUCGCUGUUCGGAAACACCGAGGAGACGGAAUACAAACUGCUCAGCAGCGAGACGAAGGUAAGAGUUGGCUUUUAGGGGCGGGGGUUACAUGGGGCCAAAUACGCUGUGGUCUCGUCUGAGGGCCGAUCCUUUGACCAAGUCACAGGGGAGCUGGUGAGGAAGCUGCUCAUGUACAUCGGGGGGAGCAACGAACAAGGCGAGGCCAUGGGCACGGCAGCGCCCAUCAUCAUCACAGUGUACCCGCGCAACGACGGCGUUCUGUCCCGCCGCCUGGUGGUCGCCAUCCGCAUCCCCUCCGGCUACCAGAUGAUGCCCCCGACCCCCUCCGACAGUGCCGUCAAGAUCGAGGAGCGCUCCGGCAUGACGGUCUACACGCUGCAGUUUGGAGGCUUCGCCGCAGAGAGCGAGUUCCGGGCCGAGGCCUUGCGUCUGACGCGCACCCUGGGUGAGACGGCCCCCUUCCAGCGCAAGCAGUACUUCUGCUGCAGCUACGACCCGCCGCUCAAGCCUUACGGACGCCGCAACGAGGUGUGGUUCCUGCAGGAAGAGCCGUAGGAGCCCUCGAAUCCCACGCGGAGCCCUUUGUUCAGCCUGAAUUUUGUCCCUUCACGACAAUCCUGUAGCUCAAACAGCGCUCGGUUGAUUGGUAAGAGCAAUAUGGUGACUUGAUAGACAUUUAAACCCAAAAUGGAAAGACAUUACCCAUGUUGCCUUUACCCAUCAGAUCUUCUUGCUUGUCGCGCGUACAGUAGCCACACUGACUGCGGCGUUGCAGCGGUGGGAGCUUUAGAGUUCAUCAUUAUCGCGCCUGCUGUCGUUUCUGAUUUAAACCCUUUGUAGAAACAAGGAGCAACGAGAAGGUGUUGAAGAGCAAUUUAGUGUAAAGAAGCGAAGGUAUUGUUGCGAGCUUUCAAUCGGGACGCGUUGCCACGGCGAUGGAAAAUAGAUCUCAAGAAGAAGCGACCUCAGGAGUAACUCAGUGAAUCAUUUAAUGUGGUCUGUGCAAAUAAAACGUCAUUGACUUUUCCCUUCCUUUUAGAAUUAAAUGUUUGUCCCAAAGGUAAAGUCUCUGUAAGAACAAACAGUAGGGUUUUGUACAUCCUAAUCUAGUUUAAUAUUUAGUGACAGAAAUAUGUAUUAUUAAGAUUAUAUAUACAGUAGUAAAACGCGCCCUUCCUUCCCCUCCCGAGUAAAGAACCGGAAAGAAACAGGAGUCGAGCCAUAAAGUUGAACUGGUCUUUAGGAAUUAACGAGGGGACAGCUGGGGAGGAGCUAGAGAGUUUAGGAUUAUGUGUUGAUCCAUGAAGCGUUCGUGUGCAGUGAAUAUUUUGUGUUGUGGUGAAUGGCGAUGCCACUUUAUUUAUUCUGACUGUUGAAACGUUGUUAUAGGACGUCUGUACUGUGAGAUUUUCUGUGAUGAGUGAAUAAAAUGUUGAGGUUCAAUAGUGUUUCACCACUUAAUAAAUAUAUACCUUCAGUGAGUGGAGACAA